CAAUUCUCAGUUGGUGUUUGAUAGAUUUCAGGUCAUCUUUGGUUGGCGCAAAGAGGGCGGCUUUCACUGUUUUGGGUAUAUACAUAUAUAUCGAUUCAUUGCUUGUCUGAAACAUACCCAUUAGCCAAAAUGGUGUUUUUUCGUUCAAUUUCAAGAGGAAUUUCAUCUUCAUUGAGCAAAACGUAUGGGUAUUAUAGAAAAUUGCGGUUCUUGAGCAAUAUUCCUGAGAACACAGUGUACGGGGGACCAAAACCCCAAAACCCAAAUCAAAGAGUAACCCUAAUAACGUUGAGGCAAAAGUAUAAGAAGGGUGAAGCGAUAACAAUGGUGACGGGUUAUGAUUACCCAUCUGGUGUUCAUAUAGAUAUGGCUGGAAUUGAUAUAUGUCUUGUGGGUGAUUCUGCAUCUAUGGUCGUUCAUGGACAUGAUACUACUUUGCCUAUUACGAUUGAUGAGAUGCUUGUUCAUUGUAGAGCUGUGGCUAGAGGUGCUAAAAGACCUCUUCUUGUUGGUGAUCUACCUUUUGGCACUUAUGAGUCUAGUACUAAACAGGCAAUUGAUACAGCUGUAAGAGUUCUAAAGGAAGGAGGAAUGGACGCGAUUAAGUUGGAAGGUGGGGCACCAUCAAGAAUUACAGCAGCUAAAGCUAUUGUUGAGGCAGGGAUUGCUGUAAUAGGGCAUGUGGGAUUAACACCUCAGGCCAUCAGUGUUCUUGGUGGAUUUAGGCCUCAAGGCAGAAACAUUGAUAGUGCAGUCAAGGUUGUGGAAACUGCCAUGGCCUUGCAGGAAGCAGGGUGCUUUUCUGUUGUUUUGGAAUGUGUGCCUGCACCUGUUGCUGCAGCAACAACAUCUGCUCUUAGGAUCCCCACUAUUGGAAUUGGCGCUGGGCCUUUCUGCAGUGGUCAGGUGCUAGUUUAUCAUGAUCUUCUUGGGAUGAUGCAACACCCGCACCAUGCCAAGGUUACUCCUAAGUUCUGUAAGCAGUUUGGACAAGUUGGAGAUGUUAUCAACAAAGCUCUUCUGGAAUACAAGGAAGAAGUAACUAAUGGUUCAUUUCCUGGCUCUGCUCACAGCCCAUAUAAGAUUGGUGCAGCCGAUAUGGAUGGUUUCUUAAAUGAGUUACAGAAGUUGGGCUUCAAUGAUGCAGCUUCAGCAGCAGCUGCUGCCGCUGAGAAGAUUCAUACAAGCUGAUUUUCCCCCCUGAUUGAAAGGACCAGCCAUUUUUUAGUAUGCUUGGAGCUAACAAGUGCUAUUAACUGAGCUGUACCUUGCCGUCUCUCGCAGAUGGGGAGAGGAUAGUUAAGUCGUUUCUGUGCCAAGAGAAGAGGCUUUCGUUUAGUCGAUUAAAAUUCUAUGUCCAGAACUGGAAACAAGAUUAGAGUUCCUUUUAGAGUAGGCCAAAAGAAGAUGGUGAUUAUAGCAAAACCAUUUCUAUAUUUUUUUUUAGGAAGAAAGCAGUUAGUCUGCAGUGUACAUAAGGUGAAAUGUUGAACCCAAUAGAUAAAAUU